AUGCCGCCGCCGUUUAACUCCGGUACGACGAAGCUCGAUACUCUAUUCAGCGUGGGCGAGGAGCGCACGGUCGUACUCGCUAUAGACACUUGCAAGUCGUGCCUUACCGCGUUCGACUCCCUUGCCGCCUCCUGCCACAAAACGCAAUCAUUCCUCCCCGCAAAUCUCGCCGCUUCUGAAGAAUUCCAGCUGAAAUCCACGGACCGCCUUGUGGUGGUGUUCCACCACGCGAACCACACUCCCAUUAGCAUCAUGACACACCUCCCGCGUCACCAGCUGUGGCGGCCGCAGCUAAACCCUUCUAACGUGGUGCGGCAGAUGCAGGAGGCGGGGCGCGCGGACGCGGCGUCGGUGGUUGUGAUGGCGCUGAUGGAGGAGCGGGAGGUGCGGCGCGCGUUGGCGGAGAGGACGGCGUGGGAUCGGCGCACCAAGCGCGCGGUCAUGCGCAUGGCGGCUGUUGCGCGCGUGUGCAAGAUUCGGUUCGAAGCUAUCGACCUCUCCGACAUCGCAGGGGAGACGGACGGCAGCAAAAAACGGGAGACUAAUCCCGCCCCAUCCACGCAAUCGCCACCCUCGGAAUCUCCGAGGAAAACCUCUGAAAAAUCACCGCCGUCGCAGGCACUCUCGUGGGAGGCAAAGGCAGAAGCAGUGAUUCGGUUCUGUCGCCAUAUCAAUGCGGAACUGCUGCUUCUCCCCUCCUCCCAUGCUUGUAAAGCGCUCAACUUCUCUGGCAAAUUCGCCUCCCAUAAUUUCACGAUUCGCUGUGCCCGAGACGCGCCCUGUCCGUUGAUCAAGCUUGGAGCUGAUUUAGGUGGUGACCGGAAGGAUGGGCGAACGAGGAGUUGCAUAGGCCAUAGAUCGGUGACGGUGAAGGAUAGUCAAGUGCCUCGGAGCGCCACGGUGGAUGACAUUGCAAUGUAA